CAAAACAUUUCAACAAUAAUAUCAACUUUCGUUUGGUAUAUAAGAGACAGAAAAUCUUCCCAAUUUUCAUAACAAGCAUAACCUUAACAAAUAAUUAACUCUUUAAUUAAACAUUGGUUUAAAUUGAAUUUAAUUUCAAACAUGCGUUCAAUGAUUACUAUAUUGACUCUCCUAUUCGUUGUGUUCACUAUUGGUGACUUCAAGAAUGUUAACCAAAGAUAUGCAAAGACUAUACCGAAAGUGGCCGACAGUUUUAAAGCCACUUUUGUCAAUGAAUUUAAGCAAGGCCACAACGUGAGCACAUACCCCGAUAACUCAGCCAAUAACUGUUGGGUGUGCGACAGUCCCUGUGCUAUGAUCUACUGUUGCGAUGAUGGGUACCCCCAGUGCUGUAUUGUUGGCGGUUAUUGUGACUUCAAGAAUGUAAACCAGAAAUAUGCAAAGACUAUCCCCCGAGUCAGUCAACAAUUUAAAGGAACGUUUGCUGAGGACUUUAAACAGGGAAAGAAUUCAUCGGCUUUUGCCCUGAACUCUGCAAAUAACUGUUGGGUGUGCGACAGUCCCUGUGCUAUGAUCUACUGUUGCGAUGAUGGGUACCCCCAGUGCUGUAUUGUCGGCGGUUAUUGUGGCUGUUGUACGAACUAAACACUAAACACUAAACAUUCAUUUCAUACCAUUCUAUAUAUUUCAUUAAAUUUAUAAUGUUUUACAAUUUUAAUAUUUAUUACAAAAUAUUAUGUUCAAUCGUUUAAUAUAAUAAAAGUAUUUUAAAUAUAUAACGGAU